AUGCAACACCAUAAAUUACUGCUCAUAUGUUUUUCACUAAUCAUUUUAGUUUCAACAGGAUAUCCAUGCAAUGAUUUAUGUUUGAGUUGUAUCUAUGGAAAAUGCGAAAUAUGUGAUAAGAAGGCAGGAAUGCUUGUCUCUUGUGGUGGAUGUCAAACUGGCUAUUAUCCUUUCGGAUUGAGAUGUGAAAAGAUAGUAAAUCAACCAAAAACUUGUGAAUCUUUUUUGAAUUCUUUUCCGUCAAAAUUUGUCAUUAAUAAUUUCUUAACUUUAACAUUUCCAGAUAUAAUUUAUUUUGUAGAAACUCCUUGCUUUAAUAUAUUACCUUAUUUAAUUCAACAAACUAAAGGAUAUUAUUAUGUAUUAUAUUCAGAGAAUAGUCUUUAUUCAUUUAGUUCAAAUUCUCCAUUACAAAUAAGUAUUCAAACUUCAUGUUCAAAUUGUUUACAAGUGUUUGAUACUGAGUAUCCUUUUAAUAUAUUAUUAGAGAAAAGAGAGUAUGUUCUUCUUUUAUCUGGAUUACUAUCAACUCAAUUAACUAUUCAAAAAACUGACCUUUAUUCUUUUGCUUCAAUAUUUGAUUUUAAGAAUCAAACUCAAUACAGUCAAAUAAGAAAAAAUUAUUAUGGUAAUACACUGUGUUAUAACCAUAAUAUUCUUGGUCAUUGGUUUCGGUUUAUUGGAAAUAAAUCUGUUUCGUACCAAAUUCAAACAACUGGAAGUAAUGUUGUUCUCUCAUUACAAACACAGUACUCAUGCAUUGGAAUGUAUUCUAAUUUAACAGAUUUAUCUGUUAUGUUUCGUUAUAAUGAAGAAACAUUAAUUUUUGUUAGUGGAGAUGCACUUCAAAUAACUGUUUCUUGUGUGAAAUGUACAGGUGGAAUAUGUAGUUCAAAGUUUCAAGAAUGUUUAUGUGAAAAGAAUUUUGUACCUAUUAAUGGAGAAUGUACAAAAUGUGGUAAUGGAGUAUUAGAUGAAGGAGAAGAAUGUGAAUUAAAUCAACCAUUUUGCAAUAACCAAUGUAAAUGUAUAGAAGAGUAUUAUUAUGUUAAUGGAAGUUGUGUUAAGAACUAUUGUGGAAAUCAUCGCCUUGAUCCAGGAGAAGAAUGUGAUGGUGGAUCAGGUUGUAAUAAACUAUGUAAAUGUACUAGGAGAUAUAAACCAAAUGGAAGUGUAUCAUGUGAGUAUAAAUAUUUAAACAAUAUAAUCUUUAUUUCAUGUUUUAUAGGGAUUUAUACAUUACUUUACAUCAUAUUAUUAGUUGUAACAUUAAUUAAAUUUAAUAAAAUAUCUAAAGUUAUGAAAAAUAUAAAAGAAGGAUUAAUUUGUGGUACAAUUAUUCCAUUUAAUAAAGAAGGAAAAAGAUACAUUCCACUUGAAUCACUUCAUAACUAUGUUGUUUUUAACCCACCAUCAGUUACAUUUAAUGACUCUACAAUAAGACCAGAUGUAGAUGAAGUUGCAAGAACAAAAAUAUGUAUUACUAAUUGUAGAAAAGAGACACUAAGUUUUAUUUUACACGGUCAUGAGGAAUAUAAAUAUGAAUUAGUAUUUGAACCUCCUGUAGGAAAUAUUCGUGGAGGACAAACUAUUGUAAUUAAAGUUAAAAUUCUUAUUCGAUGUACAACAAUAAUUAAUAAAAAAAAAAUACCUAUUACAUUAGAAUGGGGAAAUUGGAAAAUUGUACGUCACUCUAUGGAAGAUGAAGAUAUUCUAAAUCUUUCAGAAAAAACAGAACAGUCAGACAAUGAAAUGGAUAGUGAUGAUGAAAUAGAAUCAAGUGAAAGUAAUGGAGAAAAAAAAAUAACAAGAAUUUAUACGUAUUUAAAUCUUAAUGCAGAAUCUACUGUAUCUACUAAAUUAGAUUAUGAAGAAAUUAGAUUAGAACAACCACCAGUUGGAGCAGGAACAUUUGGAAUUGUUUAUAGAGCUAAAUGGAGGAAAAUAGAAAUUGCUGUUAAAGUAUUAAAAACUGAUAUGGUUGAUUUAAAAGAUUUAAUGCCUAAUUUUGAACAAGAAGCAGAAUUAAUGGAAAGAUUAAGAUGUCAAAAUAUUGUUAAUUUUAUUGGAACUAUCGUUACUCCAGAUACUUUAUGUAUCGUUACCGAAUUUUGUACAUUAGGAUCUUUAAGAAAAUAUAUGAAAUUAAAUAAAAUGACUACAUUAAUGAAAGUAAGAAUAUGUCAAGACAUAGCUAUUGGAAUGGGAUAUCUUCAUCAAAACGAUAUUAUUCAUCAUGAUUUAAAAACUGAUAAUGUAUUAGUAUAUUCUAAAAAUCCAUAUGACCCUGUUGUUUGUAAAGUUAGUGACUUUGGAACAUCACAAGCAUUUAUUGAAUCUUCUAAUAAUAUUACUAUUCGUGAUGUUGGUACUCCAAUGUACAUGGCUCCUGAAGUACAUAGAACAGGAAAAUUAACAUUAAAAUCAGAUGUUUUUUCAUUUGCUAUUUGUAUGUUAGAAAUAUGGUUAACUCAUGACCCUUAUCCAAUUAUUGAAUUUCAUGAUGGGGAUAGUGUAUUAAAUUUUGUUUGUUCAGGAAAAAGAAUUGGAAUACCAAAAGAUUGUGUUUAUAGAGAAAUUAUAAAGCAGUGUUGGCGUCAAAGACCUGAAAGAAGACCUGGAUUUUCACAAAUUAAUGAAAUGAUUAGUACAUUGGUUCAAUCAAUAACAAUUAAGAGAAAAGAUACAAUUCUACCAAAUUCUAAUACCAAAUCACCUGUAAUUGAUAGAGACAUAACUAGAUCAAGAUCAAAGUCUAGACUUGGUAUUAGUUAUAAGAACCCAUCAUUAAAACUUAGUGCUAGUAAUUUACUAAAACCAAGAGCAAGGAGUGGUGGAAAAAAAGGUGGUUAUUCCUUAAUGAUCCCAAGAUCUACUUCAGCAAAAAGUGAUGAAGAAAAACUUAUACCAAUUAACCAAUUACAACAACUUGAGACAAAAGAAGAAGAAGACCCACACAUAUUACUUACAACUCCUGAUAUAAAAACAGGUAGUGUAAGUACUAAUGAUAGUAUAAAAGUUAAUGACCAAAUAAAUAAAUCAACUAAAAUGUUUAUGCCAUCCAAUUCUCCAAUAAAAAUUAUUAAUGCCAUAAAAUCAGAAAAUGAAAGUAGUGAUACAGAAGAAGUAGAUUUUGAAAACAAUAUUAGAAAUAACUUAGGUCAAAAAAAGGAAAUUGGUUCAAUUUUAAAUAGAAGAAGAAUAAUCUUUUAUCAAUAUUAA